AUGUCUCAGUACAUUGGUAAGACCAUAUCCUUGAUAUCGAAUAACGAUAAUCGUUACGUGGGCUUAUUAGAGUCGAUUGAUUCAGAACAAGGUAUUGUUACGUUAAGUAACGUGCGCUGUUUUGGCACUGAAGGCAGAAGGAAUUGGGGCCCAGAUGAAGUUUAUCCAAAUCCAGCAGUUUAUAAUUCAGUUGCGUUUAAUGGUAAUGAUGUAAAGGAUUUAAGUAUCUUAGAUUGUCCAUUGGAUCAAGCUUAUCCUGUAUUGCCACCUCAGGUGGCGGCUCCAACAGACGUGACGGGGACUGGAAAUGCCAUCAAUAAUGGUUCGCAACAACAACCUCGUGCACAGGUUCCAGCAGCUGUUGCUGGGUAUGGCGUUUAUGCACCAGAGCAGAAGGAUGAAGGAAAAGACACGAAGACUCCUAUAAGACCUGCUGUUGAAAAGAGCAAGAGCAAGCCUCAGCAUGAGCAUGCAGAGCAGCAGAAGCAGCAGCUCAAACGUCAGCACCACCAGCAACCGCAACAACAACAACAACAACAACAACAACAGCAACAACAGCAACAACAACGAUCGCAUCAACCUCAGCAGCAGCAAGGACAACGUCGCCAGCAACAAGAUAAGAAUAAAGCUGCAGUCCCUGAGGAUGAUUUUGAUUUUGAAUCCAAUAAUGCGAGGUUUUUAAAAACUAAUGAUGAUGUAGCUCCCGAGCCUGAGGUUACCAAGUCAAAUGAAAAAGGUCAAUCUCCCGAUGAGUCUUUUUACGACAAGAAAUCCUCAUUUUUUGACUCCAUAUCGACCUCUACAGAGACCAAUACUAAUAUGAAGUGGCAAGAAGAACGCCAAUUGAACAUGGACACUUUUGGACAAGCCGGUGCUAGACCUAGAAACGGCAACCGUGGUUGGUUUCGUGGACGCGGAAGAGGUAGAGGUCGUGGUGGUAGAGGUCGUGGUAACCACGGUGGGUUCAGAAGUGCUGUCCCCCCUCCAUCUGAGAAGGUUGAAUUCUAA